GAUGCAAUUCAGCAAAUUAUUUAAUUACCGUCCACUUCUACAAAAUGCACGUAAAAGUUUUGCAACUUCAUCUUCCCGUCAACAGGAAAUUCGUCGUGUUACUUUAAUUCCAGGGGAUGGAAUUGGGCCAGAAAUUUCUGCUGCUGUUCAACAAAUUUUUGCUGCAGCUAAAACUCCAAUUGAAUGGGAUCCAGUUGAUGUAACUCCUGUACGUGGCAAAGACGGAGUUUAUUCAAUUCCAUCUAAAUGCAUCGAAUUAAUGCAUGUAAACAAAGUUGGAUUAAAAGGUCCUUUAGAAACUCCAAUUGGAAAAGGGCAUCGAUCUUUGAAUUUGGCUGUUCGACGUGAAUUCAAUUUAUUUGCAAAUGUACGUCCAUGUCGUUCUUUGCAAGGUCAUAAAACUUUGUAUGAUAAUGUUGAUGUUGUUACAAUUCGAGAAAAUACUGAAGGAGAAUAUUCUGGAAUAGAACACGAGAUAAUUCCUGGUUCUAUUAUUCAAUGCAUUAAAUUAAUAACAGAAGAAGCUUCUCGCCGAAUUGCUCGUUUUUCUUUUGAAUAUGCUCGAAAUAAUGGACGAAAAUUGGUUACUGCUGUGCAUAAAGCUAAUAUUAUGAGGUUUUCUUCUUUGAAUUUUUAA